CCUCGGACCGCCCCCUCCGCGCCCGGCACGCCCGGCGCCGCCUUUCGGCCCCCUGUCCCCGGCGCGGCCUCGGCCAGUCUGCUUCGCGGCGCGGGCGGCUCCGGAGGCUCUCGGCGAGUGCGGCGCGGUAACAAGUGGGCGACGAUGCCGUACGAGAUCAAGAAGGUGUUUGCCAGCCUCCCCCAGGUGGAGAGGGGCGUCUCCAAAAUCAUCGGCGGCGACCCCAAGGGCAACAAUUUUCUUUACACCAAUGGGAAGUGCGUCAUCCUGAGGAACAUCGACAACCCAGCCCUUGCUGACAUCUACACGGAGCAUGCCCAUCAGGUGGUGGUGGCCAAGUACGCGCCCAGCGGGUUCUACAUCGCCUCUGGAGAUGUAUCUGGAAAGCUGAGGAUCUGGGAUACCACGCAGAAGGAGCACCUCUUAAAGUAUGAGUAUCAGCCUUUCGCUGGGAAGAUCAAGGACAUUGCUUGGACAGAAGACAGUAAGAGGAUCGCAGUGGUCGGGGAAGGAAGGGAGAAGUUUGGAGCUGUCUUCCUGUGGGACAGUGGCUCUUCCGUGGGCGAGAUCACGGGACACAACAAAGUCAUCAACAGCGUGGACAUCAAGCAGAGCAGACCGUACCGGCUGGCCACGGGCAGUGACGAUAACUGUGCCGCGUUCUUUGAGGGGCCACCGUUCAAGUUCAAGUUUACAAUUGGCGAUCACGGCCGCUUUGUCAACUGUGUGCGAUUCUCUCCUGAUGGGAACAGAUUUGCCACAGCCAGUGCGGAUGGUCAGAUCUACAUCUAUGAUGGAAAGACGGGAGAGAAAGUGUGUGCCCUGGGAGGAGGCAAGGCUCACGACGGAGGCAUUUACGCUAUCAGUUGGAGCCCUGAUAGCACCCAUUUGCUUUCUGCUUCCGGAGACAAAACCUCGAAGAUUUGGGACGUCAAUGUGAACUCUGUCGUCAGUACGUUUACAAUGGGCUCCACUGUUCUGGACCAGCAGCUGGGCUGCCUGUGGCAGAAGGACCACCUCCUCAGCAUCUCCCUGUCUGGGUACAUCAAUUACCUGGACAAAAACAACCCCAGCAAACCCCUGCGGGUCAUCAAGGGUCACAGCAAAUCCAUCCAGUGUCUGACGGUGCAUAAAAACGGUGGCAAGUCCUACAUCUACUCCGGGAGCCACGAUGGACACAUCAAUUACUGGGAUUCUGAGACGGGGGAGAAUGACGCCUUCGCCGGGAAGGGCCACACGAACCAGGUGUCCAGGAUGACGGUGGACGAGUCCGGGCAGCUGGUUAGCUGCAGCAUGGACGACACUGUGCGGUACACCAACCUCACGCUGAGGGACUACAGUGGGCAGGGAGUUGUGAAGAUGGACGUCCAGCCCAAGUGCGUGGCUGUGGGCCCUGGAGGCUACGCCGUGGUCGUGUGCAUCGGGCAGAUCGUCCUGCUCAAGGAUCAGAAGAAGUGCUUCAGCAUCGACAGCCCCGGCUACGAGCCCGAAGUGGUGGCGGUGCACCCCAGCGGUGACACGGUGGCUGUCGGGGGCACGGACGGCAAUGUCCGCUUGUACUCCAUCCUGGGCACCACGCUGAAGGACGAGGGCAAGCUCCUGGAGGCCAAGGGCCCCGUGACCGAUGUGGCGUAUUCCCACGAUGGCGCUUUCCUAGCCGUGUGCGAUGCCAGCAAAGUGGUCACGGUCUUCAGUGUCGCGGACGGCUACUUGGAGAACAACGUUUUUUACGGCCACCACGCGAAGAUCGUCUGCCUGGCCUGGUCACCAGACAACGAGCACUUUGCCUCCGGUGGCAUGGACAUGAUGGUGUACGUCUGGACCCUAAGUGACCCUGAGACCAGGGUCAAGAUCCAAGAUGCACACCGGCUCCAUCACGUGAGCAGCCUGGCCUGGCUGGACGAGCGCACGCUGAUCACGACCUCCCACGACGCCUCUGUCAAAGAGUGGACAAUCACCUACUGAGGAGCCCCCUCCUCUGUUCGGACCGAAUCAGGGACUUGAGCUUAACCGCAGCGGAACACGUCGUUUCUCUCAGUAUUUCUGCCCUGCGCCCCCCGCCCCCGCCCCGCUCAGGAGGGAGGGGCCUUACGCCAGUACCCUCGGCUCUCCGCAGGGUGUUCCUCUCUGUACACGUCCUUCUGAAAGCUUUAGACAGUGACAGUUUGCACAUGCGAAAUAAAGCAAGCACUUAAA